GUUCUUCUGUGUAGCAGCUCAGAAUGAUGAAUCAAGCCAGAGCCACGAUCUCGAACUUGUUUGGUGGAGAACCAUUGUCAUACACCCGAUUUAGUCUGGCUCGGCACAUAGAUGGAGAUAACAGUCAUGUGGAGAUGAAACUGGCUGCAGAUGAGGAAGAAAAUGCUGACAGUAACGUGAGGGCCAAUGUCAAAACACCGAGAAGGUGUACCGGAAGCCUCUGCUACAGUGCUAUCGCGGUCGCCCUCUUUUUCUUAAUAGGCUUUAUGAUCGGGUACUUGGGCUACUGUAAACGCAUAGAAGCCAAGGGUGCGUGUGAAAGACCGGCAGUCACGGAGGUGACGAAGGGGUCAGAAGACCUGGAGCAGGAAGAAGAGGAGAUGCCCCAACUACCUUCUCGCUUAUACUGGGAAGACCUCAAAGCCAUGCUGUCAAAGAAACUCGACCCCGCAAAGUUCGGCAGCACCAUCAAACAGCUGAAUGAAAAUACAUACAUCCCUCGUGUAGCUGGAUCUGCACAAGAUGAGAAUCUUGCCUAUUUUGUUGAGAAUCAGUUCAGUGAAUAUAAACUCAGCAAAGUCUGGCGGAAUGAACACUAUGUAAAGAUUCAGGUCCAAAACAGCACUGCUCCAAACUCUGUGACUCUGACAGGUGCAAAUAAUGACCUGUUGUACCUAGUGGAGAAUCCUGAGGGUUAUGUGGCAUACAGCAAAGCUGCGACAGUUACUGGUAAACUGGUUCAUGCUAACUUUGGCACUAAAGAGGACUUUGAGAAUUUGAACACUUCUGUGAAUGGAUCUUUAGUGAUUGUAAGAGCAGGGAAGAUCCCUUUUGCAGAAAAGGUUUCAAAUGCUGAAAGCUUAAAUGCACUUGGUGUCUUGAUAUACCUGGACCAAGCUAAGUUUCCCAUCGUCAGGGCAGACACUCCAAUCUUUGGUCACGCUCAUCUGGGAACAGGCGACCCUUACACACCCGGUUUCCCUUCUUUCAAUCAUACCCAGUUUCCACCGUCUCAGUCCUCUGGAUUGCCUGCCAUUCCAGUCCAAACCAUCUCCAGACAGGGUGCAGAAAAGCUGUUUGAAAAUAUGGAAGGAGAGUGUCCCACCAGUUGGAGAACAGACUCUUCCUGUAAGCUUCACUCCAACCAGAACAGGAAUGUGAAGCUCACUGUGAACAAUGAGCUGAAAGAGAUAAGAAUCCUUAACAUCUUUGGAGUUAUUAAAGGUGUUGAAGAGCCAGAUCGCUAUGUUGUAGUGGGGGCCCAGAGGGAUUCUUGGGGUCCUGGAGCUGCGAAGGCCAGUGUGGGAACUGCUCUUCUGUUGGAACUUGCCCGGACAUUUUCAGAUAUGGUCUUAAAUGGUGGAUUUAAACCCUGCAGAAGCAUCAUCUUUGUCAGCUGGAGCGCUGGAGACUUUGGAGCCGUUGGUGCCACUGAAUGGCUAGAGGGAUACCUUACCUCUCUGCAUUUAAAGGUUGUCACUUACAUUAAUUUGGAUAAAGCUGUCCUUGGUACUACAAACUUCAAGGUUACUGGCAGCCCAAUGUUGUAUAAACUUAUUGAAAAAACGAUGCAGGAGGUGAAGCAUCCACUUACUGGAAUGUCUCUGUAUAAGGAUAGCAACUGGGUCAGCAAAGUAGAGAAACUUUCUCUGGACAAUGCUGCUUUCCCCUUCCUUGCACAUUCUGGAAUUCCAGCAGUUUCCUUCUGUUUUUGUGAGGACACCGACUAUCCCUUCCUGAGUACCGCUAUGGAUUCCUACGACGUGCUGAUGAGGGAGAUUCCUCAGCUGAAUAAAUUGAUGUAUGCAGCAGCAGAGGUGGCUGGUCAGUUCCUGAUUAAACUGACCCAUGAUUUUGAAUUGAACCUCGACUACGAGAUAUAUAGCAACAAAAUGCUUUCAUUUCUGAGAGAGCUGAUGCAGUACAGGGCCGACAUAAAGGAGAUGGGGCUGAGCCUGCAGUGGCUAUAUUCUGCUCGUGGGGACUUCUUCCGUGCUGCUUCCAGGCUGAUGACGGAUUUCCACAAUGCUGAGAGAACAAACAGAUUCAUCAUGAAGGAGCUGAAUGAUCGUAUUAUGAAAGUGGAGUACUACCUCCUGUCACCCUACGUGUCCCCGAGGGAGUCUCCUUUCCGGCACAUCUUCUGGGGCUCCGGCUCUCACACUCUGCAGGCUCUGCUGGAGAACUUGAAGCUGCGUAAGAAAAAUAAGGCUGCUUUUAACGAAACGCUAUUUCGGAACCAGUUGGCUCUGGCUACUUGGACCAUUCAAGGCGUUGCAAAUGCCCUCUCUGGUGACAUUUGGGAUAUCGACAAUGAGUUUUAAAUGUCAUAAGCAUAACUAAUUUAAGAACAACAGGGUAUUCUUUCUAGACUUGUUUUGGUCAUGCUAAAUUUUCAGUAGGGCUAUAAAACCUAAUGUUACAGUUCUAUCCAGUCAUCUUGAUAUAUUAGAUGUCUUUAGGCAGAGCUUUUAAUACCGGGUAGGUCCCUGCACUUCAAGUUAAAGUGAAUAACCACUUUAAAAUUUUUCCUUGAUUGUCUCUAGAAUUUAAGUGCUUUUUAAUGUAACUGCCUCUUUGCAUCCUUUGCUGAAAACGUGAGAACAGUUACGCGAACUAUCGCUGUAAAUCCCAAGGACAUGGGCGGUGUCUUCUGAGAUGGGGAGAAGAUAUUUUGUCCUGGAGGUCAGAGUGGUAGCUCAGUGUGAUCAUCACAUUUGAUGCUGGCAGGAGCUGCCAGGUUGCAAGCCUCCUCCAGGCGAAACACAUGCUCUCCCGGAAGGACCCGGCUGUCUCCGCACCCUGCAGUGAGACAGUCAGCCUGCAGAGAGAGGCCUGAGAUAGAGGUCCUUCCACUGGUCAAAUGAGGUUCAACUGUUGAUUGCAGGAGAAAGGCCUUAAUGUAUGAACUUCGUGUUAUUAGAAGUGGAGAUCAGACACCAAAGACUUGCAGUGUACUCUUUUCCUGUGACCUGCUUCGUAGCCUUUGUGUAGUUCUUUGUUGUUUUUUCUUUUUCCCCCAAAGUUCUGAAAGAGAACCAGUCUUAGGCAUCUAAUUUUAGACUCAGUUUGUCAGACUUUAAAGAACACAUUGCCAAAUUUUGGCCAAAGUGUUAAUCUUUCAGGAAAGCUUUCUAUCAUUUUGGCACUGAGAUAUUUAUUGUUUAUUUAUCAGUGACAGAGUUCACUAUAAAUGUUUUUUUUAUAGAAGAUAAUUAUCGGAAGCAGUGCCUUCCAUAAUUAUGACAGUUAUACUGUCGUUUUUUUUUUUAAUAAAAGCAGCAUCUGCUAAUAAAACCCAACAGAUACUGGAAGUUUUGCACUUAUGGUCAAACUUGAGGGUCUUAGAAAACAGCCGCAAGCCAUAUAAAAUUGGAACACUAAGCAUUGGGAAAAAAAACUAAAUUUAAUUAGGGUUGCUAAUCAAGAUGAAUUUCUGUCUACCUGGCCAGAUAAAAUUGAUAACUCUCUUAAAUGCAAUGAAUUCUGACCACAUUAUAAAUGAGUAUCACUUAAAGGCUGUGGUAGUACUCAUAUAUACAAAAUUUUACAGCUCAGUUUGUCUGUGGUAUAACUGAAAUUCCAAUUUUGCAAAAUUUCCAGUACCUUUGUCACAAACCUACUGACAUUAUCAGGAGCAGUGUCUUCCAUAAUGUAUAAAGAACAAGGUAGUUUUUGCCUACCACAGUGUCUGUAUCGGAGACAGUGCUCUCCAUAUGUUACACUAAGGGUGUACGUAAUUAUCGGGAACAGUGUUUCCCAUAAUUUUCUUCACGCAAUGACAUCUUCAAAGCUGAAGAUCGUUAGUAUCUAACAUGUAUCCCCAGCUCCCUGUAACUCUCCUUUUACUUUUAGUUGCAGAAACAUUUUGUGGUCAUUAAGCAUUUGGUGGAUAAAUUCAACUGCUAUAAAGUAAACUGCUACUUCCUUCAAGAUCCUUUUUUUUUUUUUAAAGCUUAACAUGGGUGUUUUGUUACCUUUUGUGGUUUCUCCACGUCUUCUGCCUAGUGGGAUAGUAGCAUACAUUUGUUAUGUUUGCUGUUGGUAAAUGAAUUUAACUGUCCCCUCAUUUGCAUGUUACCUGUAAACUUAGUUCAGGAAGUUUGAAUCUAGGGUUGAGCUUUUGGCUUAAAGCAAGGGAACUUGUGUAGGUUUGGGAGGGUGGGGGGUGCGGGCUGGGGAGGCGAGGCUUGCAGGAGGCUCUUUGAUCGUGCCUGGCUCCCGGUUCUCGUGGGUGGAAUCAUGUAGAUAAGCACAAGUAUGGAGGCUACACGAGUAAAGGCUUAUUUUCUACUCCACCACCGCAGUGAGCCUGAUCACCACUGUCUGUGUAGGGCAGACCUAAACUGCCACCUAAAUGAAAAGUUGGUAUGUUCUUAAAUUUGUGUCACUCACCUGAGUUACAGUAGACCUCGAUUACUUUGCAGCCCCACUGAGCUGCGUCGCUGUUCAGUCUGUAAUCUUCACGGUGUUCUGCACUGGGCCGGUGUUCAGUGUUGCUAAAUGAGAAAAAGCUCAGCGACCUUCAGGGCACAGUGUGAAUCAAGGUCAUAUACUUGACUGCAGGACGUCUCUGAGGAACCAACCCUCUUCUGUGAUUAGGGCUUACAUCCAGUGGAGCAGGUCGGUCAGUUGUAAGAGGCUUCCUGUUCCUGAAGGAGAUUUGCGUCUGGCUGGUGACAGUUUGCUGGUCCCUAGAGAUUCCUUUUCCCGGUUAAGAGCAUGUGGUUGGAAGCUGAGGGAUGAAUUGUGACCUCUGUCCUGAUGGACUGCGCUAGCACUCACGUGGCCUUGCUGUUUGCUCUGUGAGUGCUCUGGACAUUGUAAACUCGCCAACCUCCUGUAAAUAAGAGCUGUGCCUGGCUAAUGUCCUCAGCCUGUAUGUGUGGCAGUAUGGCGAUUCCCUGUCUGAUUUAAUAAAAUGUUUGAAUACUCA